AACCAAAUUGAAAAACUAAAAGCGAAUUAUCGACUAUACCCCUUCUUCAACACUUUUCACAUUCACAUCGUACUUGGUCAUCAAGAACUAUCAUCGAUCACCAGGUGGAAAACCAUAGCUGACUACUGUUCAAGACUUUCUCAAGAAAUCACUACAUCAUGUUCAGAGUCAUUCCUCGUAAUGCCAAUCUAGUCGGAUACGCUACAAGACGGCUGAUACCACAUCAUACCAUCAAAAACCGAGAACUACAUGCCUCAGCUCAAUCUUUGGCUCUCAGCAAGUUCUCAAUGCCCGCAAUGUCACCGACCAUGACAGAAGGUGGUAUUGCUAACUGGAAGAAAAAAGAAGGCGAAAGCUAUGCCCCAGGAGAUGUGCUUUUGGAAAUUGAAACCGAUAAGGCUACUAUGGAUGUAGAGGCUCAGGAUGAAGGAACGAUUGCCAAGAUCAUUUUCGGAGAUGGAUCCAAAGCGGUCCCAGUUGGUCAAGCGAUCGCCAUCAUGUGCGAAGAAGGUGAUGAGGUUGACGCAUCUGCUGUCGAGAAGUUGAUCUCCGAAUCAGACUCUGCCCCGUCAAAGUCUGAGGCCGCCCCAGAACCCAAGGCAGAGUCCAAAAAAGAAGCCUCAAAACCUAGCACUCCUUCUCCAAGCGCAUCAACUCCUUCACCUCCAAAAUCUUCCGAAUCUUCACGUUCUGUGAUCUUCGCCACUCCUGCUGCCAAACGGAUCGCUCUUGAAAAGGGUAUUCCUCUUGGCUCGAUCAAGGGUUCAGGACCAAAUGGACGAAUUCUUGAAUCUGACUUGUCAUCUUACAAUUCAAGUGCAUCAAGCUCGACAGGUUCCGCUACAUCUGCUGCUCCAUCAUACAAUGACAUCCCAGCUUCAAACAUGCGACGUGUGAUUGCCACCAGAUUGACGGACAGCAAACGCAACGUACCUCACUACUACCUUACCUCUGAGAUCCAAAUGGAUCGAGUAAACAGUCUUAGGGCUCUGUUCAAUAAAGCUGCAGCUGAUCAAUCAAACGCAGCUCAAGGUGGUAUGCAAGCACCUACUAAAUUGAGUGUCAAUGAUUUUGUCAUCAAGGGGGUAGCACUUGCCUGCGCAGAUGUACCAGAGGUUAAUGCACAAUGGCACGGUGACUUCAUCAGACAAUUCGACUCAAUCGACAUUUCAGUCGCUGUUGCUACUCCUACCGGAUUAAUCACUCCUGUCGUGACGAACGUUGGUGCUAGAGGAUUAAGUUCGAUUUCAUCACAAGUAAAAGCAUUAGCCAAAAAAGCUAGAAAUAAUCAAUUAACUCCAUCAGAAUAUCAAGGUGGAGGUUUUACAAUCUCUAACUUGGGAAUGUAUGGAUCUGUCUCACAAUUCACUUCGAUCAUCAAUGAACCUCAAGCUUGUAUCCUUGCGGUUGGAGGACCUGAUAAGAAAUUAGUGAUUGAUGCUGCAAGUGAGAAAGGAUUUAAGGAAAUCGAAGUCAUGAAGGUCACUUUGAGUUGUGAUCAUCGGGUUGUGGAUGGAGCUGUUGGAGCCAGGUGGUUGAAGGCUUUCAAGAAUUACAUGGAAAACCCACUUUCAUUCAUGCUUUGAACUUUUCAAUCCUAGUGUCUGUAGUGAAAUGGUGUAUAGAUGACCAAGUUAUUCUUUUUUCCUAGAGAAACAAUGAAAAAGUCAGAAAUCAAGAAGCAGUAAAAUAACUACAUCAUUUAUAUCUCUUGAUUAUUUUAAAAUAGAAAGAAUAUAUAGUGGAAAUCAUGAGAAAGAAGAGUCAUGAUCAUCUUUUUUUUCUUCUUCUUUUUGUUAUGCCACUGGAUCAAUACUGGGAUUAUCUUCCAUGUGUUGGAUUUGAUGGUCAAGUUUUUAUUCUUUAUUUUUGUAGAUCAACAAAAAAAACUAUCUCUACUUCUCUUUAUUCAUUUUGCUUGGUUGGUAGAAAAAAGGGAGAAAACGAAAAAAAGUUGGAAACUUAUACAUGACUUUUCUUUCUU